CGGCUGGAACCCUGGAAUUUCAGAGCGACUCUGUUACUUCAUCUCGGACGGGCCGGUGCGCGCCAGUCGCCUUGGAUCGAGGGCUUCGAGCUCGGGUUCGCCGCACGCGGGCUGUGUGCGAAGCGCUUCAAAGGUGUAAGGUCGCGGGGGGCAGUACUGCCGCUGUGGACAGGUCUGUCGAGCAAGUGCGCAACCUGAAGAAGCAGCUGUUUCCUUUUUUUUUUCUCUAGCUCCGUUAAUCGUUGCGCUUGGCUGACAAAGUUCCUUCCUAAUUGCUUUGAUGCCAGCUAGAUGUUUCCACGGUGAUCAUUGAAUAUAUGAAGAAAGACGUAUGCAUCACUUAUUUAUGAAACGUUAAGAGCCAAAACUGCGGCCUGUCUACAUUAUGGAUUUCAAGGACGUCAAUGACAGCCUGGCCAACGUCACGGAGUUGGAACCGUUCGACUUUUACCAGGUGGAGACGCUGACCUUCCUCUGGAUCCUGUUCGCCUGCAUUGUUCUUGGCAACAGCGCCGUGCUGGCUGCGCUUCCAAAGGGCAGGAAGUCUCGCAUGAACUUCUUCAUUAUGCACCUCGCCAUUGCAGAUCUCGGCGUGGGGCUAGUGAGCGUCCUAACCGACAUCAUCUGGAAAACAACUGUCGACUGGCAUGGAGGCCACUUCGGUUGCAAAAUCGUCAAAUUUGCACAGGUGCUGGUAACAUACUCUUCGACAUACGUGCUGGUGGCACUGAGCAUCGACCGCUACGACGCCAUCACCAGGCCUAUGAAUUUUUCUGGAAGCUGGAAGCGAGCACGCUGGCUGGUAUCGCUGGCCUGGGCCGCAUCCGUCGCCAUGUCCUUGCCCUCCAUUUUCCUCAACGGGGAGGCAAUAGUGCACGGCCGUCUGCAGUGCUGGAUCGAACUCGAGCUGUGGCAGUGGCAGGUGUACAUGACGCUGGUGGCUGGCUCGCUGUUCUUCGUGCCGGCCCUGCUUAUCGCUGCCUGCUACAGCGUCAUCGUCUACACCAUAUGGAAGCGGAGCACGAUACUAAAAGGUGCUCACGGCAAAGAGAUCGACACGAGACGAACGAGUUCUCGAGGAGUGAUUCCGAAAGCGAAAGUCAAGACAGUCAAGAUGACUCUGAUCAUAGUUUUAGCGUUCGUGUUCUGCUGGAGCCCUUAUUUCGUCUACGACCUCCUUCAAGUGUACGGGGCGACGCCCAAGACUCAGGCGGCCAUCGCCGUGGCGACGUUCAUCCAGAGCCUGGCGCCACUGAACAGCGUCGCCAACCCGCUCAUCUACUGCUUCUUCUCGAGCAACAUGUGCCGCCACAUUCGGCACGAGGCUCUCCUCACCUUGUCGCCCCACGAGCCGCCGUCUUUAUGAUCCGCGCGCAUCGCCCGCGGAUCGGGCAACCGGUCGUACCUGACGCACUCGACGGCGGUGUCCAACUCGGUGCUCUGAAGGCGGCCCACUCUGCUGCCGGUGCGCCCGAUCACUAAUGAAACAAAGUUUUG